GGAGGAAAAGGCAAGAAAGCUAGGAGUAUUAAUGGCGAAGAUUGAGAGGUGACAGAGAGGCAGAUGAAAAUAUUCAAGUGGCCAUAAAAGCUAGAGCUCAGGCCAUUGGUUUAAUUUCUAGCUAAAGACUUUGUUUUUAAUUUUCUGUUGAGAAGAUUGGUAGGUAGCUAAUAAGAAGCUCUCACUCUCUGAUUUACAGUAAUGUAAUUAUUACCCUCAUUUUUUUCUCAUCACCUCUCUUUCUGCUAACUAUAUACAGAUACCCUCAUUAAUUUCUGGAGUAUAUGUUAUCUUUCUUUCUUUAAUUUCUUUCUUCAACCUUAGCCAGCCAGCAGCUGCUAAAAUAAUGAUCAUCAAUCAUUAUUGUUGUAUUUAUUGUUUGAUAUAAAUUCCAUUGCAUGCCCAACAGCUAAGCUUGAAAUGUGUUGGUGGUGAUAUCAAUUUUUCAUCUUCUUCUUCUUCUAAUAUAGUACAGUGCUUAGUAUACUUUCUUUCCUCUUUUUUCGCCUUUAAUAUCUUUCUGCAGGCAGGCCCAGGCAGGCCAGGUGGUUCAAAACCACAAGAAAGAAGAAAAAAGGAGAAACUUUUCUUUAAUUUAAUUCAGUUUAUCACUUUCUCCACACCUGCUGUCAUGGCACAGAAUGAAAUGGGCUACGCUGUUGUAAAGAAAAAGUCUUUUUCUUCUUCUUGUUCUUCUUCUUCCUCCAUAUCUUCAUCUUCUUCUUGGGUUUUUCUUUCUACUCUUUUUCUUGUGCCCUUUUGUCUUUCAUUCUUGUGCCAAAAGUCUCAAGCAAACCAAACAAGCCUUAACAGCACAAGAAGCAGCAUACACAGUGGACAAGUCAGCAGCUUGAGGCUUGCUAGGAUUGAGAAGCAUCUCAACAACAUCAACAAAUCCCCACUUUUUACCAUUCAGAGCCCAGAUGGAGAUAUUAUAGAUUGUGUUCAUCAAAGAAAACAGCCAGCUUUUGAUCAUCCUCUUCUCAAAAAUCACAAGAUCCAGAAAGUUGCACCCGAAAUGCCAAAGAUGAUGAAAGGCGCCAACCAAACAAAUGGUACGAUGAGAAAGACGAACUCCGCCGGCAACAGCCGCGCUAUCGGCGGAUUGCGGCAGUUGUGGCACCAAAAAGAGAUGCGGUGUCCUAAAGGGACGGUUCCGAUCAGGCGGAGCACGGCGGACGACGUGUUCAGGGCAAAGUCAUUGUAUGAUUUUGGGAAAAAACAACGGCGGCGAUAUGCUCCGCUUAGUAGGCGCGUGGAUGCACCGGACGUUGUUAGCGCCAAUGGCCACGAGCACGCAAUCGCCUACACCGGAGCCUCACAGGACAUAUACGGGGCCAAGGCGACUAUCAACGUGUGGGACCCGUCCAUAGAGACGGUCAACGAGUUCAGCCUCUCCCAGAUCUGGGUCCUCUCCGGAUCUUUUGACGGCUCAGAUCUCAACAGCAUUGAAGCUGGUUGGCAGUCAGGUCAGUCCGGAGCUGUAUGGUGAUAGCAGACCAAGAUUGUUCACUUAUUGGACGAGUGAUGCAUAUCAAACAACUGGAUGCUACAACCUCCUAUGCGCUGGAUUUGUGCAGACAAAUAGUAGGAUAGCCAUUGGUGCUUCCAUUUCUCCACUCUCCACUGCUGAUGGAAACCAAUAUGACAUCACUAUACUCAUCUGGAAGGACCCAAAGCUUGGAAAUUGGUGGAUGGGGUUCGGGGACAACACGUUAGUGGGCUACUGGCCCGCGGAGCUCUUCACGCACUUGGCUGAUCGGGCCACAAUGGUCGAGUGGGGAGGAGAGGUGGUCAAUUCCCGGGCCACGGGCGAGCACACCUCAACCCAAAUGGGAUCGGGCCAAUAUGCGGAAGAUGGGUUCAAAAAGGCGAGCUAUUUUCGGAACUUGGAAGUUGUGGAUUCGGAUAACAGUUUGACUUCGGUUCGGGACAUAUCCACGCUUGCCGAGAACACCGAUUGCUAUGACAUCAAGAGCUCAUAUAGUGAGGAAUGGGGAACUUAUUUUUAUUACGGCGGGCCCGGAAGAGGCCCGAAUUGCACUUAAGUUUUUACGAAGUACACAUCUAUAUUUGUUUGGGAUUUUUCCUUACAUGUUACUAAUUAAAUUAUAUAUCAAUUGAACAAAAAUGUAGUUAGCUGGCAAGUUGAUUAUUGUCGAUAACUAUGUUGUGACAUUCAUAUAAAAAUAGUAAAUUAACAAUUUUAUCAAAUAUCCAACUAGUAAUAAUAAGGUUAUGUAUGGCACAAC